AUGGACAUAGAGACCUCAGCAGAUGCUGGAUUUGGUUAUGAGGAAUCAGAAUGGAAAGGUCCAUUCUAUUUUAUACAAGGAGCAGACCCCCAGUUGGGCCUAAUGAAAUCCUGGGCAAUAGCCAAAGCCAAAAUUUUUUGUGUUGUGUGGAGACCUUGUUCAUGCUAUGCCAGUAAUACAGUGUCCUGUUUGACAGUGGUCAUUUUUUGGUUUGUUGAGGAUCUCAUAUACUCAGCAACUGAGUGGAAAUCUGCUCAAGAACGUGAUCUGAAGACUGCCCUCCUAAAAACCAACCAUGACAUUCCUCUGGUAUUUGUCAGUGGAAAUCAUGAUCUAAGCAAUGCCCCAACAUCAGAGACAAUCCAUGACUUUUCCAACAGCUGGGGCGAUGACUAUUUCUCUUUCUGGGUUGGUGGAGUUUUUUUCCUUGUACUUAAUUCACAGCUAAUGUUUGAUGCUUCCAAAUGUCCAGAACUGAAAGAAAACCAAGAACGGUGGUUGGCUGAUCAACUGGCUGUUGCUCAACAGCGCCAAUGCAAACGAGUCAUCGUAUUUCAGCAUAUACCUCUGUUCCUUCAGAAUCCAGAUGAAGACAAUACAUAUUUCAACCUGAAAAGAUCACUUCGACAAGAGCUGUUAGAGAAGUUUCAUAAAGCAGGAGUCAAGGCUGUUUUCUCAGGACAUUAUCAUCGUAAUGCUGGUGGAACCUAUAAAGAUCUGGAUAUGGUAGUGACAUCAGCCAUUGGCUGCCAGCUUGGAGAAGAUGAACAUGGUGUGCGUGUGGUAGUUGUCACAGAAAAUCAAAUUGUCCACAGAUAUUACAGCCUAGAUAAACUCAAAAAUCAUGGGCUUGAUCAAGAUAUUAUGAACUUAAUUAAGUAUUAAAAAGGAGAAUGUAAUGCUUUAUAUACAAAGUGGUUUCCAAUUAUUUUAUAUUUGAAAUCAUAAUAGGAAAUUAUUUUAGGAAAUUUUAUUAUAAUGGGCGUUCUAAAAUCUUUGAUACCAUUUUAGAUUUUCAGCUUAGAUUUUUUUUGUUGAAAUAGAAGUAGGAGAGUAGGGUAUACCUUUUUGUGUGACCAACCUAAAAUAUUUUGCAAGCUUUUGCAAAUACUUAGUUCCCUUCUUCGGUCAUGGUUUCAUACAUGUAACUGAAAAAUCAUACAAAUAUAUACACCUUAUACACACCUGUACAGUAGACAACAAAGAACACAAAACCAACAGAAAAAACUAAUUUGUAGUAACAUAGCAAUGAAAUAGAGAUCCAUUUACCCUACGUGAUCAGUAAAACAUUAUUAUUGUAACAGUUGUGAUGGCCAGCUGCACUUUCUACUACCUUUUUUGCAAACUCAAAAAAAAUAUAUGCACAUUGAAAUCUUGUUGACUCCCUUUUGGUCUGUUAAACAUACAACUAAAACCUUUCAUUAUUUUGGUUUCAUUUUCCAUCCAGUAUGACAUGGCAUGCAAUGUUUACUUUAUUUUCACUUCAAGUUAUAUUGAUAACCAAUAAAAUGAUGAUCUUAGAAAUAA